AUUCCAUGAAGAAAAUGGUCGGUGACCGUAUGUCAGCCUUCACGGAAGAAGAAAGGUCACUGUUGAUUGCCCACAGACCCGACUAUUUCGGCCUGAACCACUACGGCACAUCAUACGCACGUGACUGUCCCGACUACAAGUGUGACCCUCAGGCUAAGAAUGGUAAAUGGAACACCGUGAACGUUCCCGAUUGUGUAAACGGAAACGGCUCGAACUCGGUUCAAAUCCUGAAUGACGAUCUGGCUGCAGGUCAGUCCGCGUGGUUGUUUGGUUCCGGUUGGGGUUUCCGAAAACUGCUGAACUGGGUUAGUCAUCGAGACGGCAAAGACUUGCCCAUCUACGUCACAGAGAACGGAUCGUCUAUGCAAGCCGAUACGGCACAACAGGGGAAGUGCGACACCGGACGUGUGCUAUUUUACUUCAGCUACCUCGACCAGAUGAGCAAGGCCAUCAGCGAAGAUGGGGUCAAGGUGGCUGGAUACUACGCGUGGAGCUUGAUGGACAACUUUGAGUGGGAGCGUGGAUACCGUGAGCGAUUCGGGGUGCUGUACGAUGAGUUCAACUUCUGCCACGUCGAGGACAUCGAAAACCCCAACUGCGACCCCAAUUCGCCCACCACCGAGACACCCGUGUACGAUUCCAGCACCGGUGACUACUCCGAGAGGUGUGGUAACACGUGCUUGUUCUCGGAACAGCCCGAUCCAACGACCGCCAUUGACCAGACCCGUCACCCCAAGAAUUCCCUUCUGUGGUUGACUGAGGUUUGGAAGUCGCAAAAACUGGUCGACCCCGGAACCUUCCUUUUCGCCUCCAAGGCCGGUGACAUAUGCUAUGGACCCGAAGGCACCACAUAUAACGGUAACUCGUGGAUGUACGAGCUUCAAGCCCAUCGAGGAGAGAGUCUGAGCGCUCUGCAAAGUGCCACAUCUCUACAAAAAGCUAAAUCGGCAGCUCGUGCUUGUGGGCAAUAUAUUCAUGUACAAUAA